AUGUGGGUGAUGCCAGACUUUGGCUACUGGUCAUGGCCGCUUGAUCUGGUUGGCGAAUAUCAGCAAAUACGCGGUGAUAUUCGGGACAGCGAAGUAGAGUGGGAGAAUAAAGUUCCAAAGGUACUCUGGCGAGGGGCUAUUAAGACAAACAAGGAAGUAAGAGGUGCGCUAAUGAGAGUUACAAGAGGGAAAUCAUGGGCAGAUGUGGAUCAAGUGACCUGGAAGAGCAGAACGGAUGUGACUGCGGGAAGUGCUGCGUUGCCAAUCAUGGAUCACUGCAAGUAUCAGUUUCUUAUACACACUGAAGGUCGCAGCUACUCUGGCCGGGGGAAAUACCUUCUCAACUGCGCAUCUGUUAUGAUAACACAUAAAGCCGAGUGGAUUGAGCCUCAUUCGCACCUUUACAUUUCCUCCGGACCAAACCAAAACGUUGUAGAGGUAAAGCGCGAUUUCUCCGACCUCGAAGCAAAAGUACAAGACCUCUUACGGAACCCAGAGCGUGCGAAAGCUAUUGUGAAGAACAGUGUAGCGACAUUUCGAGAUAGAUAUCUUACACCUGCUGCGGAAGCAUGUUACUGGAGGGAGCUCUUCCUGUCAUGGGCGGAUGUGAGCUUCCAGCCAGACCCAUGGGAAGUUGACGAAGACGGGGAGGAGAGGAUAAGAGGAGUUCCCUUUGAGACAUUUGUGAUUCAAGCACUCGACUUGGACCGAUGCUCUUGGUGGAAGAAGAUGACGCUUCAGUGUUAG